AUGAGUGACCGCCUUCUUAGCAGUUACAUCCAAAUCUCCAAAGUUGGGCUGAACAGUGAUUCUUCGUCAUUAAAUAUUAAUAGCGGCACUGCCGUCUCGUCUGGUUCACUUGUCUAUCUGCCUGUUAUAGCCUCCCACGGUGCUUCGAAGCCAAGGUUAACUACAUCUGGGGUUGUUGCGAAUCCAGAGGCCUUUUUUCUGAGUAACCCACCGGAGCCAGCUGUCAAACCGCUGGUCGACGAGCCUCGGAGUUCAUUGCACACACCAACUAGUUGCGGGACGAAGGGUGAUGACCAAGAGGCUUCUGUUGCUACUCCCGACCUUCCAUCAAGUGCUCUGCCGUUGGACGAGCACUUGACCUCUAAUCGGCCAUCCUGUGCAUCAGGGAUAUUACCUAGAGCCGGGCCCCUCUCUGCUACUUUUCGCCGAGUCAGUUGUAUUAUUUUUAGCAUCCAUUAA